UCCCCACGCAGUAAACAAUCAACUCCGCAACCUCCACCAACUCGGACAUGUUGCCCGAACACGUGUUGACGACCCAGGACGACCUAACCUCUUACCCCCAUGGACGCUUGAUAGGCAUCACCCCGUGCACCCGAACGGCCGACCUUGUGGUAACGUCGUAUCCCAACAAGCCCUGCCAGCUCCAUCCAGCUUGGCCGCCAGUUCACCCCCGCUGUCGAUUUGCGCCCAGCCCAUGACGAGAUUGCAAAGAUGCACACGACGCAAGGGGCCCGGCUAUAUCGUGCCACGAUCUCUUUGGAGGCCGAGGGUAUAAGAACAGGAUACUAGCAUGUCGAGUAAACUGCUGCUGUCAUGUUUACCACCUGGUUUCAGCGCCACGCCAAUCCGCUUGCUUGACUGAAGACGAUUGAUCGCCUCUGUUGUUGACUGUCGUUGUACAUACACACAACAACAACACCGUCGUAACUCCCCCAAAGUCGUCAAUCGUCAUCAUGAAGCUCGUGACUGCCUCCUCCCUCUGCGCCAUCUUGGCCGCUGGAGUGCACGCCCAACGCGGUGCCUCGCUGGAUCCUAUCCAGCCCGUCUUGCUUCCCGAUGGUGCCAACGCAAAGAACCCGCUUUCGCACCUUGGUGGUAACGGGCCCUGGACUGUCGCCCCCAACGUCAAUGGCAUCUCCUCCGAUGUCCCCGAGAACUGCCACGUCGACCAGGCCGCCUACAUCCUCCGCCACGGCUCGCGGUACGCUGAUCCUGGAGCUCACAGUGGCUGGGUGACCAUGGCCAACCAGUUCAAGACGCAGAACUACACGGCAACUGGCCCUAUCGCCUUCUUCCACGACUGGGACACGCCCCUGACCCACCCCGACAUCCAAAUCGCCCAGCUCAGCCCGACGGGCUACAAGGAGCUCUACUCGCUCGGCUACACCCUGCGUACUCGCUACCCGGAUCUGUACGAGGAGGGAGACGACUUUUAUGUGUGGGCCAACAAGUACCCCCGCGUCAUCCAGACCGCUCAGCUCUUUGUCCGUGGUUUCCUGGGUUCCAACUCGACGCGAUUGGGAAAUGUCGUGUCCGUCGACAGCAAGGGCUUCCCUGACCAACUCGGAAACACCCUGGCACCCAGCGACCUGUGCCCUAGUUUCGAGGACAACUACUCGCCCAAGUCGGACCCGUGGAGGAACAUUUGGCUGCCGCGCUUCAAGGCCAGGCUCGCGCAAUACAUCGAGGGUGAUCUGCAGAUCGAUGACGGCGCAUGGAACGACAUCCCAUACAUCUGUGGCUUCGAGUCGCAGAUCACGGGCCGCCUGUCGCCCUUCUGCGAUGUUUUCAACGACGAGGAGCUCGCCCAGUACGAGUACCAGCAGGACCUGCGGUACUACUACGGCCACGGCCCUGGCGCCUUUGUUGCCAGCCGCAUGAUGGUCCCGUUCCUCAACGCCCUGGUCAACAGGCUCGUCGAGGGCCCCUCGGCUGACGUCGGCGUUGGCCCUGACGGCAGCUCGAGCUUCAAGGUCCCCAAGCUGCUGAUGAACUUCCUCAACGACGGGCAGCUGAACCAGUUGGCCGCGGCCCUGGGAGUCUUUGACGAGCAGGAGCCGCUGCCUUCAGACCACAUCCCCGAGGAUCGCCUGUGGAGGAGUUCGCGCAUCUCGCCCAUGCGCGGAACCAUUGCGCUGGAGAGGCUCAACUGCCGAGUUGGCGGGAGUGGUGGUGGCAACAGCACCUUGCCGCCCAAGCCGACCCCUUCGGGAGGCCCUUGCAAGGCCAAGAAGCGCGAUGCCGCGUCAACCAUGCAGAGGCGACAGGAUGCUGUUAUCGGCGGCCCCUCCAGGAACGAGACCUUUGUCCGCAUUCGCAUCAACGAGGCAGUCUACCCUGUUCCCUCCUGCCAGGACGGACCGGGCAAGUCGUGCCGUCUGGCAGACUACGCCAAGUACGUUUCGGACAAGCUCGAGGCCAUUGGCAGCUUUUCCAAGCUGUGCAACGCCACAGCCCCUGGAACGCCGGCCGAUGUCAAGGGUGCGAGCUUCUUGACCAACCUGGACCAAGACCACUUGGAGAUGUUGAAGCCAUGAGAAAACAUGAACGAAGUUUAUCAGCGCAACGAAGGAUUGGAUAAUGAUAGCGGUAAUAUAUGAGUCAUGGUUAAUUUAAUGGUGUUGAUUCUACAGAGGGAACCCAAAAUAUUAUAUACACAAGAAAAUCGUUGGGACAGCCUGUCUCGUUUUAGCUGCUGCUGUUGUGCUCUGCCAAUGCUCGUUCGUUGAAGCAUUUCUCUGGAAUGAUUCAAUUCCACUUGGAAAAAAAUAAAAGAUCAAAGCAAAGACAUUGUCGAAGCCCCGAUGGCCACAACAAAUGUCAUGACAAUCCGGACUCGCGACGCAGGAUGGGCAGCCGAGUCCGGGGUUGAUUCCUAGCAGGUGUUGAGCAUGUUGCCGAGGGCGCUCUUCUCGGCA